CCCGGAAGUGGCCGCCGCGUGAGGAAAGCCGGGAUGGAGGGAAAUCCUGGCCACUCGGACUUCUACAUUGGCCUAGGCUUAGCUCUGAGCUCCAGCGUCUUCAUCGGGGGCAGCUUCAUCCUAAAGAAGAAGGGGCUUCUCAAGCUCUCCGGCCGGGGCGCCGUUAGAGCAGGUCACGGUGGCCAUGCGUAUCUGCGGGAAUGGCUGUGGUGGGCCGGACUUCUAUCCAUGGGAGUCGGAGAAGCUGCCAAUUUUGCUGCAUACGCCUUUGCCCCGGCCACUUUGGUCACCCCCCUAGGUGCCCUGAGUGUGUUAGUCAGCGCCAUCCUGGCCUCCUAUUUCCUGGACGAGCGACUGAACGUCCACGGGAAGAUGGGCUGCGUCCUGAGCAUCCUGGGCUCCACGGUGACGGUGCUCCACGCCCCCCAGGAGGAGGAGAUCUCCACGUUGGCCGAGAUGGCGGAGAAGCUGAAGGAUCCAGGAUUCGUCGUCUUCGCCGCCUGCGUGCUGGUGAGUUCCGCCGCCCUCAUCUGCCUGGUGGGACCCCGCUACGGCCAGAGCAACGUCCUGGUCUACGUGCUCAUCUGCUCGGCGAUCGGCUCGCUGUCGGUGUCCUGCGUCAAGGGCUUGGGCAUCGCCCUGAAGGAGCUGUUUGCCGGGAAGCCGGUCCUGAAGGAGCCCCUGGGCUGGCUGCUCCUCCUCUGCCUGGUGAUCUGCGUCAGCACGCAGAUCAACUACCUCAACAAGGCCCUGGACAUCUUCAACACCUCGGUGGUCACGCCCAUCUACUACGUCCUCUUCACCACGGCCGUCCUGACCUGCUCGGCCAUCCUCUUCAAGGAAUGGCAGCACAUGGGGGUCUCCAACGUCGUCGGCACCAUCAGUGGCUUCCUCACCAUCGUCCUGGGCAUCUUUCUGCUCCACGCCUUCCGGGACAUCCCCUUCACGCCCGACCUGCUGCCCCUGUUCCUGAGGCCGGGGCCGGGCCGGGAGAGGGAGGCUCCCCCGGGCUGUCUGCGCCGGCCGCUCCUCGCUCCCGAUGGCCCCGGCAAAGGUGGCCGGGAGGACGGGGAGGGAGCCUGAAGAUCCCUUUUGGGGCCCCCGACCGGCUGACAACCUCUAGGCCUGGACUAGAAGAGGAACAAAUCAAUACUCAGCCACCAAGCCGCUGGAGAGUAAUCCUGUACCCCUCCAGGGCCGUUUCCCCGCCACCAGACUCGGGCCUCCUCUCUCCCUGUUGACACUGGGGUCCGGGUGAAUCAUUCUGCAAUACUCCGUGAAACCCCCCCCAGAGCUGUGAGCUGUUGAUCUUAAAGUGUUAUCACACAUUUACUAGUAUUUAAGGGGGUUGAGGGCCCCCCAGUUUUUUUCUAAAUAAAGUUUCAAGCGUCUA